AACUGUCUCAUGGUUGGGGGGCGGGGGGGAAAGAUGGCGGAGCUGAUGCUCCUCAGCGAGAUCGCGGACCCGACGCGAUUCUUCACCGACAACUUGCUGAGCCCGGAGGACUGGGACUGCACCCUGUACACCAGCCUGGAUGAGGUGGCUGAGGAGCAGACGCAGCUCUUCCGUUGCCCAGAGCAGGAUGUCCCGUUUGGCAGCAGCGUGCUGGAUGUGGGGAUGGAUGUCAGCCCCCCCGAACCUCCCUGGGACCCCCUGCCUAUCUUCCCAGAUCUUCAGGUGAAGUCUGAGCCGUCUUCUCCCUGCUCUUCUUCCUCCCUCAGCUCCGAAUCAUCGCGUCUUUCUGCAGAACCCUCCAGCCAGGCCCCUGGUGUAGGGGAGGUGCUGGUUGUGAAGAUAGAGUCUUUGGCACCCCCACUCUGCCUCCUGGGAGAUGAUCCAACGUCCCCGAUUGAAACCGUCCAGAUCAAUGUGGGCCCCACCUCUGAUGAUCCCUCAGGUGUCCAGACCAAGAUAGAGCCUGUCUCUCCCUCUUCCCCCAUCAACUCUGAGGCUUCAUUGCUCUUAGCCGAGUCCCCUAACCAGGCUCUUAUAGGAAAGGAGGUGCUGGAAGUGAAGACGGAGUCCCCAGCCUCUCAAGGGUGUCUCCUACGGGAUGUCCCAGGCCCCCCACUUGGAGCUGUUCAGAUCAGCAUGGGUCCAUCCCCCGAUGGCUCCUCAGGCAAAGCCCUGCCUGCCCGGAAGCCACCACUGCAGCCUAAACCUGUGGUGAUAACCACUGUCCCAGUGCCACCCAGAGCCGUGCCUCCCAGCACCACCGUUGUUUUGCAGCCCCUUGUCCAGCCACCCCCAGUGUCCCCAGUUGUCCUUAUCCAAGGUGCUAUUCGAGUCCAGCCUGAGGGGCCGGCCCCCCCUGCGCCACGGCCUGAGAGGAAGAGCAUUGUUCCAGCUCCUAUGCCUGGGAACUCCUGCCCACCCGAAGUGGACGCCAAGCUGCUGAAGCGGCAGCAGCGAAUGAUCAAGAACCGGGAGUCGGCUUGCCAGUCCCGGAGGAAGAAGAAGGAGUACCUGCAGGGGCUGGAGGCCAGGCUGCAGGCCGUGCUGGCCGACAACCAGCAGCUGCGCCGGGAGAAUGCUGCCCUCCGGCGGCGGCUGGAGGUCCUCUGGGCUGAGAACAGCGAGCUCAAGUUAGGGUCUGGAAACAGGAAGGUGGUCUGCAUCAUGGUCUUCCUUCUUUUCAUUGCCUUCAACUUUGGGCCCGUCAGCAUCAGUGAGCCUCCUUCGGCUCCGGUCUCUCCUCGGGUGAGCAGAGAGGAGCCUCGGCCCCGGAGACACUUGCUGGAGUUCUCAGCACAGUUGCCAGUUGACGGAGUCGAUCCUCUGCAGGACUCCUCCCAGAACCCCGGGGAGCCCCAGCCCCGCAGCCAGGGCCGGCAGGGUUUCAGGAACCUGACAGCUUUCCCCGGGGGCACCAGGGAGCUGCUGCUGAGAGACCUGGACCAGCUCUUCCUCUCCUCGGACUGCCGGCACUUCAACCGAACCGAGUCCCUGAGGCUUGCUGAUGAGCUGAGCGGCUGGGUGCAGCGCCACCAGAGGGGCCGGCGGAAGCUGCCCCGGAGGGCCCAGGAGAGACAGAAGUCUCAGCGACGGAAGAAGUUGCCUCCAGUUAAGGCAGUCCCCACUCAACCCCCCGGGCCCCCAGAGAGGGAUUCUGCCGGCCAGCUGCAGCUGUACCGCCACCCAGACCGGUCUCAGCCAGAGUUCCUGGAUGCAAUUGACCGCCGGGAAGAUACAUUUUAUGUUGUCUCAUUCCGGAGGGACCACCUGCUGCUCCCAGCCAUCAGCCACAACAAGACCUCUCGGCCCAAGAUGUCCCUGGUGAUGCCCGCCAUGGCCCCCAAUGAGACCCUGUCAGGCCGGGGUGCCCCUGGGGACUAUGAGGAGAUGAUGCAGAUCGAGUGUGAGGUCAUGGACACCAGGGUGAUUCACAUCAAGACCUCCACGGUGCCCCCCUCGCUCCGAAAACAGCCAUCCUCCACCCCGGGCAAUGCCACAGGCGGCCCCUUGCCAGCUUCUGCAGCUGGCCAGGCCCACCAGGCCACCCAUCAGCCCCUCUACCUCAAUCACCCCUGACCUCUGCCUCUCACACUGACUUAGGACCGGGAGGCAGGGGAGGGGUCACCAAGUGGGACUGUUUCUUAUUCCCCUGAGUCCUGGGCUUGGGAAAUUGGUAAAGGAAGGACAGGGUGUGGGGGUUAAGCACUUAUUUGGAGGGGAGGGGGUUCACCUCUCUUCUCACUCCUUUGUGGAACAUAGGGCUCCUCUGAACCCCCAGCCCCUGCCUCUUUUCUUUGAGGGUAUUGAGUGAGGUAAAGUUUGGGGUGGGUGGGCUCUUGACUCUUUCAUUUCUCUGGGGGGUGGAGGUGGGAAUGUAGGGUCCCCAGGCAGGACACGGGCCAUUUUUAUGUGAAGGCAGGGUGGUGAAGAAGAUCAGAUUUAUGUAUGUGCGUAUUUUUUUUAAUUAUUAUUAUUAAAUAAACAACUUGGAGGGAGUUAAGGAACAGUGGCUA